AUGGCUGCGGUGCAAGAGGAAAGCACACAAAGAAUCAAAGAUGUCGAAGCAGCCGCUGGACAGCCGCAGAACGAGAAAGUCGUCGAUCCAUACAUCGUGGAUUGGGAGGGACCCGACGACCCCCAGUGUCCCAUGACCUGGCCUUUGAGCAAGAAAGUGCGGCAGCUGGCCGGAAUGGGAGUCAACAGUCUUCUCACACCUCUAUCCUCAUCGAUGUUCACCCCAGGCGAGGCGGACGUGCUGGCCGAAUUCCACACAACAAAUUCCACACUAGGGUCCUUCGUUGUCUCCAUCUUCCUGCUGGGCUACGUGGUCGGCCCCCUGGUAAUUGCGCCGUUGUCUGAGAUGUACGGCCGUUGUCGACUCUACCACAUCUGCAACACCCUCUUCCUUAUCUUCACCAUCGCAUGUGCAGUCGCCCAAACAUUACCGCAGCUGUUUGUGUUUCGCUUCUUCGCCGGAGUCGCCGGUAGCUGUCCGAUGACGCUGGGUUCCGGCACCGUGGCGGACCUCAUCCCCAAGGAAAAACGCGCGGGCGUGAUGGCCAUCUGGGCUAUGGGCCCCAUUCUGGGCCCUGUCAUCGGACCCAUCGCCGGGUCGUUCGUCUGUGCGAACAUCGGCUGGCGCUGGGUGUUCUGGAUCAUCGCGAUCGCGACCGGAGUAAUGCUUAUCGCCACCCUAUUCUGCUACCGCGAAACCUACAGCGUGGUCCUCCUCGAGCGCAAAGCCGCGCACCUGCGCAAGGAAACGGGCAACGAGAAAUACCGCUCCAAAUUCGACCGCGGCACGCCGCGCAAGGAGAUCUUCCGGCUGGCGGCGGUGCGGCCCGUCAAGCUGCUCUUUCUGUCACCGACCGUGCUGCUGAUGGCGCUGUUCGGCGCCGUCUCCUACGGCUACCUGUACCUCAUGUUCACAACCAUCACCGCCAUCUUCGAGGAGGUCUACGGCUGGCGCCAGGAGAUCUGCGGCCUGGCGUACCUGGGCUUUGGCCUCGGGGCCAUCCUCGGUGUCCAGGUCACCGGCUACGUGGCCAACCGCAUCGCCGCGGCGCACACGGCCCAAGGCCGGUUCGUGCCCGAGUCGCGGCUAAUCCCGUGCCUGUACGGCUCGUGGCUCCUGCCUAUCGGGCUGUUCUGGUAUGGCUGGUCCGCCGACAAGCAGGUGCACUGGAUCAUGCCAAUCAUCGGGACGGGGAUCUUUGGGGCGGGGCUGAUGUGUGUUUUCCUGUGCAUCAACACCUACCUCGUCGACUCGUAUCUCCUGUACGCUGCCUCGGUGACAGCCGCCAACGCAGUGUUGCGCUCGCUGAUCGGGGCGCUGCUCCCGCUAGCCGGUCCUUCAAUGUACGAUGCCCUGGGGCUGGGGUGGGGCAAUUCUCUGCUGGCGUUCAUUGCCCUGGUCUUUUGCUCGUUCCCGGUGUUUUAUAGCCGGUAUGGGGCCCGGAUCCGCACGUCGCCGCGGUUCCAGUUGAAUUUGUAG